UUUGAAAGAAAAUAACUACUUUGGAGCCAUAAGUGCUUACUCGCAUGGAAUAAAAUUAAGCCCUAAAAUGGCAGUAUUAUAUUUAAAUAGAUCAAAAGCACAUUUUCUGGUAAAAAACUAUCAUAAAACUAUUGAAGAUUCUACAAAAGCAUUAGAGUUGAUGGUUCCGCUUGUCGAGAGUAAUUUAUUAUGGAGAUCGGAAGCUUAUUAUUAUCGAGCAAAAGGAUUGAUCGAAUUACAAUCAGCUCAUUUGGCAGUGGAUGAACUUAAAGCAGCACUUACAUUAGUACCAUCGCGAGGUAAUAUUUAUGGACCGGAAUUACAACAUGCUAUAGAAUUAGCUCCUGUUCAUGAAGAAACCAUGAAGAAGUCUAAAGUAUUUGAUUUAAGUGAACCACCAACUGUUAUAUAUAAAUAAAGUUCUAAACUAAAAAUGUUUAAUUAAAAU